GAGGCCCUGAGGCUGGAGGCGUCCCAGGCCACCGCCCGCAGCUUCGCCGAGCAGCUCACGGCCAGGCAGCCCGCGCACGGCGAGCACGGGCCGGGGGGGCGGGCGGCAGAGGCGGAGGAGCAGGCGCUCGAGCUGCAGAGGUCGCGCGCGGCCGCCCUGCAGCAGCAGGCGCGCAUCGAGGAGCUGCAGGACGAGCUCGCGCGAGCGGGGGCGCAGCUGGAGCAGGCGGGGUCGCAGGCGCGGGAGGAGCAGGACCUGCGGGAGCAGGUGGCGAAGCUCGAGGCUGAGGCCGCAGAGCACAAGAGGGUGAGGCUGGAGCAUCAGGAGGAGCUGGCCGCGCUGCGGAAGGGAUGGCUGGCCCCAGCAGCCAGCGGGCCGCCUGCUGCACCAGGCGCCGCGGCAGGCGCCGCGCCGAGGGCCCCCGGCGGCCCCAAGAAGGGCCGCUUCCGGCUGCCGCAGGCGCUCCGCCGGCGGGCGCCCCGCGCGUGAGGCUGCGCCGGCGGCCCCUCGUGUUUUUUUUUGUCGUCUGCUCGGCGGCGAGCCCUGGGGGGGGAGCGAG